GGCAUUUCCCGCCAGCGCCGCGCUGCGAGCCGCGCCCCGCCGUCACUUUACGGCAGCUCGUGGCCAUGGCGUCCGGGGGCUUUGAAAGCGAGCGGAGCCUGGAGGCGCGCAAGGAGCGGAGGCGGCGGGAGCGGGAGGCGCUGCUGGUGCAGGCCAAAGCUGAUUACGAGAAGGACAAGAGACGGAAAGAACUCAAGCGGCUGCGAGGUGAGGAUACGUGGAUGCUUCCUGAUGUGAACAAACGUGUGGAAGAGCUGGAAAAGGAACAUUCCGUGAAGAAAAAGAAGAAAAAGGAUAAACACUCAAGAAAACUUAAGAAAGAAAAGAAGAAAAGCAAAAACCAAAAAUUUGAAAAAAAUGAUGAUUCAAGUGAUAGCUCUUCAGGUUCUUCAGUUGAAUGGGUUGAGUCAACUAUAUCACAGUCAAUUUGCACAGAAAAGGCUUGGAAAGUCAAGAAGGAGCAGUCGGAUACUACAGAAAAUCCUGCAGUUCAGAGGGAUGAAUGGAUGACCUUAGAUUUUAUGUCUCUGAAAACCAUGUCUGCAGCAUCACUCAAAGCUGACAAAGAAACAGAAAAAUUAUUGGAGCAACAGAAAGCCCAAACAAUUGAACAGUCUAGACUUUCUGAAAGAGAGCUGAACCCCUACUGGAAAGACGGUGGAACAGGUUUACCACCAGAAGAGGGUGAAGCAACUUCAGUUAAAAAAGUUAAAAUGGUGGAAGAUGGUGGAUUAAGUUGGUUAAAGAAAUCCUAUCAAAGGAUGAAGGAGCAGGCUGAGAGAGAGAAACGAAAUUUUGAGGAAAUUGUAGCUGAAAGAUAUGGGUCGGUGGAAAUAUUUCAGUCAAGAUGGGAAGAAGCUGAAGAAGCUGCAUCGAAACAGGAAAAUGAAUAUAGAAAAGGAAGAUGGAGGAAAUUUAACUAUUCAAAGAUUGAGAAAAAAGAUAGAGAGCACCACAUGGAAAAAGAAACACACGAUGAAGGUGACAGAAUCAAGGGUACGUGUGAAGGACAUUCUAGAGAUAGGCAUAAUAAGGUAUAUCCACUGGAAGAAAGAGGUUAUAGAAAAGACACAUCAAGAGAAGAACAAGAAUAUAGACAAUGUAGCACAGACUCUGAGUUUAGAGACAAUUGUUACAAAGCAGCAAAACAUUCUGAUGCAAAACAAAGUCAGGAGACGGUUUCCUCUCUAAGCAAUUUGAAAUAUAAAUUUUUGAAACCUUCUGAGGAUGAUUUCUCAUCUGUUAGUAAAGACUACAAGCUACUGCAAUCCUCAUUAAAACUACCAUCUUGUAGCUCUUUGAGCAGCAAUUUCCAAAAACCUGGUAAGGAAAGUGAAGAAAAAACACCGUGGAGCAGAACACAUAUAAAAGAUGAAAAUGAGAAACCAACAUUAGAUCAAAAGCCAUUGAAAAUGGAAAAAACUACUUAUCAUGAGGGAGCUGCAAAGGCUGAAAGGGAGAAGACACAGGAAGAGAACCUUGGAAACAUCCCCAAGAAGAAAGUGCUAUUGCCAGACAGCAAAGCAUCAUAUUCUGGACAUACCCCAAAGGAUGUGACUCCCCAGGCCCUUAGUGAAGAGGAGAUGAACAGACUGGGAGCCAAGAUUGUGAAAGCAGAACUGAUGGGAAAUUUGGAUUUAGCUUCAAAGCUUCAAGCCCAGCUCGAAAAUGCACGUAAACUAAAAGAAAGUAGAACAGAAACUCCUGCAAGACCACCUGAAAAGGAGGCUGCAAGCUUGCAAGAAGACCAUGAAGUGAUCCUUGUCAGAACAGAUCAAUCUGGAAGAGCAUGGCCUGUGAACACAAUGGCAGAACCGCUGGAGCCGAAAGGAGGAAGAAGAAAGAGACAGAUGGGUGCUACUCACAUAGAUAAAGAAAGAGUCAGGUAUUUUCAGGAUGAUGAUGAUCUGAGCCUGAAGGAUUUGGUCAAAAAUGAAAAGAUGAGAACAGCAGAGGAUCAAAACUCACUAUUCAUGCGAAUGGCAUCCAAGUUUUCAGAAAAAAGUGAUAGAGAGUACUACACACUGGAUGACAUGUUUGUUUCCAAAGCAGCUAAGGGAGAGCGGAGUGGAGAAGAAGAGGAAAGACACAGAAGAAAAGCAAUCUAUCAACAUCAUCAGCUUGUUGCACGUAUGGAGAAGUGCCCAUAUUGCUUUGAUAGCCCUGAACUCCCAAAACAUCUUAUUAUUGCAAUUGGCAUCAAGAGAGGAGAUUACAGACGCUCCAUCACUGCCACUUUGCCUUCUCCUCCAUGCAUGCAUCUAUAUCAGACUUCCUAAUACUGGGGCAGAAACCUUGACUGAAUAUAACCCUUUGUUUCCGGUAUGGUUCAAACUAUAACACACAGAACAAAGCGUGAACAUUUACCAAGAAGAUAGGAUACAGCUGCCAAAAAAACAAAAAAGUGAAUUACACAAAGAUGGCAUUGUAUGGAGAAACAUGAAAAUAAAUAGAUAAAGGACUAAAUCUACAAGGAGUGUAAAAAAGCACAGAUGUUCUAUGGGAUUCAUACUUUCUGGGGCCAGAAGGGACUGUUGUGAUCAUCUAGUCUGACCUGUAUAACACAGGCCAUAGAACUUCCCCAAAAUAAUUCCUUUUGAUCUACAGCAUAUCUUUAUUUUUUUUUUUUAAAUGUUGAUUUAAGAAUUGCUCGUGAGGGAGAAUCCAACACAACCCCUGGUAAAUUGUUCCUGAUUAAUUACCCUCACUGUUGUAUGCAGUGUAGUUGUAGCUGUGUCAGUCCCAGGAUGUUAGAGAGACAAGGUGGAUGAGGUAAUAUCUUUUACUGGACUUUCCAGCUCUUCAUUCUGCAAUACAGCCAAUGGGCUCUUCAGUCUACCAGACAAAGGUAUAACACAAUCUAAUCGCUGGAAGUUGAAGCUAGACAAAUUCCAAUAAAAUAUAUUACCUCACCAACCUUGUCUCUCUAAUACCUUCCCUGUUAAAAUUUUAGACCUUAUUUCCAGUCUCAAUUUGUCUAGCUUCAACUUCCAGCCAUUGUAUCAUGUUAUACCUUUGUCUGGUAGAUUGAAGGGCCCAUUGGCUGUAUUGCAGAAAGAAGAGAUGGAAUCUGAACUAAACUUUUGCUGAAAUGGAGACCCAUGAGAGAAUGAGUAUUAAGGACCAGCAUUAAAGAUGUUAGAGAGAUUAGAAGCUAGUCCAGUAUCUGCUUGGCUACAUCUAGGACAGGUUGAAUUAACCACCAUUACCAUCUUUAAAAAUAGAUAUUCUCUAUUUUCAAAGCUCAGUGUCAAAGCUACAGUUUUUCUGAAUUUGGAAAUUUGAGCGAAGUGCCUUUUAGACUCCAUUAAGGCUACUCAGUCAACUGAAGGGAUCACUUCUCAAGAAGCUGAACUCAUUUGUCCCAACAGUUUUAAUUCUGCUGGCCCAGAAAGCAAAGGAUGCUAAUGAAUGCAUAGAUUCCACCAGAGUUAUGAGCAUUUGCAUCCUUUAUCCUCCCCCUCCCACCACCACACACACAACCUGUAGUGUGAGUAUAGAUCCAAAGACAGCUAUAACUGCUGUUCAGAAAGCUACAGUUAGAUUACUUUACAGCUACACAGCGUAGAUUGAAUCAGGUUAGCAUGAAAUUGCAGUUUUGAUUAAAUGCAUCUAUGUUUAGCAUUACCAGUAUAUGGUAUAACAUAUUGGCUGGCAUCUUUUUUAUGAGAACUGACGCUGUAUUUAGGAGAAGGGCCUUGGAAUGUACAAUGAAAGAUGUUGCAAUACCAUGUUUUGUAAGGUAUAAUCAUCACACAAAAUCACUUGUAUCACAUAUUGAUUGUAGAGAAAUGCUAGUCUCUCCAUAGAUGAGGCUGAAGAGUUUUUAUUGUAAACUUUAUUAUGAUCUUUACUCAGGGGUGAAAGUAACUUAAGGGACAUACUCGGUAUGCAGGGCAGCUCAACCAGAAGUGGCAGGGCUGGGUUCACACUCCCCCAGCCAGCCCUUCAGCGCAGCCCAGCAGUGAUUUAAAGGGCACGGGGCUCCUGGCCACUGCUGCCGGUGCUACCCCGGGGCUGCGGCCCUUUAAAUCACUGCUGGAGCCCCGGGGCUCCUGCUGGCCGCUGCUACCCCAGGGCUCCACCAGUGAUUUAAAGGGACGAAGCCCUGGGCCCUUUAAAUUGCCACCAGAUCCCUGGGGAAGCUGCCCCCUGCCGGUACAGUUGGCUGUGUACCUGCUCUUACCAGUGCGCCAGACCAGACAGUACCGGCUUACUUUCACCUCUGUCUUUACUCCCAUUUUAACAUCAUCAAAAUGAAACCAGUCACACUAAAAUUUCACAAGUGCAACUUGUGCUGAAAUAGAGCAAUUAGGUAAAGUUUGAGCUAAAUUAAAUACUUAUUUUAGAUGUAUCCAUUCAAAGCCCUUGGUAAAUGUACAUGUGAUGGGUUGGACACCCCCCGCCCCGGGAAGCCACCUGAUGUACUGGAGUUUCACUGAGCCCGCCUGCUCCACUAGCCUGCGCACCCUCUCCCUGUUUUGCUGCAUCAGGCUCUCCAGCCUCUGGAAGCAUACACACACAGGCAGGGACGCACCAGCUGUAGAAUCACAGAGUCUGCAAGCAGCUCUCUAUGGGAAGAUUCAGCUAGGAAAUAACCCUGCACUCAAGUGCACACCUCCUUUGGGGAGUAAACCCAAGUCUGCACAGCACAAGCUCAUGAAAAUUUACCCUAUCCCUCAAUGUGGAGAGAGAGAGAGAUGAACAGCUCUCCCCCCCCCCCCCCCCCCCCAUGAAUGACACAAACUGGAUUAUGUUAUAAACAACAAAUAAGUUUAUUAUCUAUAAAAGGUAAAUUUUAAGUGAUUAUAAGGGAUAGCAAACAGAACAAAGCAGAUAAC